GUAAGAUGGCUGCCGCGCGGCUUCAGUUCUAUCCAGAUCAGCGGUUCCACUUAACGGGAAGCGACUGCUGCCGCUUAUCAUUCGUUUGGAAAAAAAAAAAAAAAAGGAGAGAAGCCAGACUAUAAGCCUGCUGCUGUCCUGUCAAAAUGAUCCACAGCCUCUUCCUAGUUAAUGCUUCGGGGGACAUAUUUUUGGAGAAGCACUGGAAGAGUGUAGUCAGCCGCUCUGUGUGCGACUACUUCUUUGAGGCGCAGGAACGCGCCACAGAGCCAGAGAAUGUUCCACCGGUCAUCCCCACACCACACCAUUACCUUAUCAGUGUGCUCCGCCAUCGGAUCUUCUUUGUGGCUGUCAUCCAGAGUGAGGUGCCGCCACUCUUCGUGAUUGAGUUUCUGCACCGAGUCGUCGACACAUUUCAGGACUACUUUGGAGUGUGCACAGAGGCGGCCAUCAAGGACAAUGUGGUCGUGGUGUAUGAACUACUGGAGGAGAUGCUGGAUAAUGGUUUUCCUUUGGCCACAGAGUCCAACAUCCUCAAAGAGCUAAUCAAGCCCCCCACCAUCCUCCGCACAAUGGUCAACACCAUCACAGGCAGCACUAAUGUUGGUGAGCAGCUCCCUACGGGUCAGUUGUCAGUGGUGCCUUGGCGGCGUACUGGGGUCAAAUACACCAACAAUGAAGCUUAUUUCGAUGUUGUUGAAGAGAUUGAUGCCAUCAUUGACAAAUCAGGCUCCACUAUUACAGCAGAAAUCCAGGGCGUUAUUGAUGCCUGUGUGAAGUUAACGGGCAUGCCCGACCUCACUUUGUCUUUUAUGAAUCCUCGGCUGCUUGAUGAUGUCAGCUUCCACCCGUGUGUUCGGUUCAAACGCUGGGAAGCUGAGCGAAUUCUUUCUUUCAUCCCUCCUGAUGGAAACUUCCGGUUAUUGUCGUACCACGUCAGCUCUCAGAAUUUGGUGGCUAUCCCCGUGUACGUUAAACACAACAUUACUUUCCGUGAGGGGAGCUCCCAGGGACGUUUUGACUUGACGUUGGGUCCUAAACAGACCAUGGGCAAAGCUGUGGAGUCAGUCCUAGUCAGCAGCCAGCUGCCACGGGGCGUCCUCAAUGCCAACCUCAACCCCUCUCAGGGCACAUACAUGUUUGACCCAGUAACAAAGUUGUUGACGUGGGAUGUUGGGAAGAUCAACCCUCAGAAGCUCCCGAGUUUGAAAGGUUCUAUGAGUUUGCAGGCUGGAGCCUCCAAACCGGAUGAGAAUCCCACCAUCAACAUCCAGUUCAAGAUCCUCCAGAUGGCCAUCUCAGGGCUGAAGGUGAAUCGACUGGAUAUGUACGGGGAGAAGUAUAAACCUUUCAAAGGCAUCAAAUACAUGACCAAGGCUGGCAAGUUCCAGGUCCGGACAUAAAGACUGACUCAGUGACACCAGGACCAAACCACCAGACCAGUCGGUGCAUUCAUUCCCUGUGUGUAUUCAUUUAAUUUACCUACACAACCUGAAGGUCAUGUGUGGACAUUUAAACCUAUAUUAAAGUUACUGUAAAGUAGAAGGUUCAAAAAAGUCAAACGCCCUGUGAUAAUGUAAGAACUUUGACUGUCGCCUGAACUAAAAACAUUUCUAUGUCUGUCUUACUCCGACCAAAAUGCACAGACAUAUAUGUAUUUUUUAAAUUAUUAUUAUUUUCAGGCUAACCCUAAAUCAGCCAUGUAUAACUAAUGUUUAGGUCCGUAUAUAUUGUGAUGUCAACAAAGUGUUUAUUUUGUUUGCUUUUCAGAUAAUUCAUAUAAAUUUUAGUAUCAGCUUUAAUUUAUGUGUGUAUUUACAGUCAAAGCAUCAGAAUUACAGCACUUUUUGUAUUUUUUACAUUUCUUUUUUUUUUAAGGGACCUAAAGCAGUUUGGCCUGAACUGUGUUACAGCAGUUAUAUGUUGAGGGCAGGUUAACUGAUAAAGUGUCUCCUAUAGAUCUGUUGGAGUCGAGUUAAAUCAGUGACUAGAA